AUGAAAAAGGGCUGCGUGGCACUGGCUCCACAAGAAAUCGAUGCAUGGCCAGUAACUGGUGGCUUAGGAAGGGAAUGUGCCACUGGACAUCAAGAACUUGUUGUCACAGGCCACAAAGAUGGAUCCCUGAAGUUUUGGCAAGAGACAGGAGAACACUUGCAAAUUUUGUACAAAUUGAAGUCGUCAUCUCAUUUUGAAAGGCUGGAAGAAAUGGAGACAUCUGAUAAAGUUUCCCACGCAGUAAAGUAUAUUGAACUCUGUUUAGAAUCUCGUCAACUUCUAGUUGCUGGAAUAUCGGGUCAAGUUACACUAUUCCGUUUCACAAAACAAGAGCUUUGCGGUACAAUUGCGGUAGUUAAUAUUCCACUUUUGGGAAAUUUAUCUUCGAAUGUUCCAUCCUAUGAUUUUGAUAAAUCUCCAGUUCCAAAUGGUCCUGGAAAGGAAAUCAGGAGGCAGAGAAAGGUCGUCUCGCGAGAAUCCACAAAUUCUUUGGAUACAUCUGAUUCUGGAGAUGAACGAAUUGUUCCAUUCAAAGUACGAGGAGCUCCUGUCAAGAGGCCUGCUGGUUUUGUGCCAGAACUAGCAUGUUUUGUUCCAUGGCAUUCGCACGCGAAAGUAGAUCAGAUAACAACAAUUUGUUUGAAUUCUUCGUAUGGUAUCAUUGCUAUUGGAACUUCAUCUGGUCUUGCUCUAGUUGAUACGACUCAAUGCGCCCUAAUAUACUCAUGGACCACCAAUGAAUUAUACGGAUCGGACCCAACUCCAGCUAUCCAAUUAAGCAUGCAAAUCAGUGAUGCAGCAAGUCCAAUCGAGAUUGAUGAGCUGGAUGAGGAUGAAACAUUGAUUUACAACUCGGAAACUGGAAAUUAUCAAAUGAGAUCUCACUCGGAAAAUCAUCAAAAGUCAGCAAGAAACAGUCUGACUCCGUUCUCCAAUGGAUUCCUCCAUCCUGGAGAAAUGCCAACUCGACCGAAAUCUGCCAACGCAUCAGCGAAAACAGGUGGAAUGAUGGGGUUGUUCCGUCGAAAUACAGCUGAAUUGGCUGCAACAAUUCGAGAAAGAUAUCAAGGUCAUCGAUCAGAUUCAGCGACUGAUCGACCGGAUGUUGAUCAUCGUGGAGAGACUCCGCCCCCUACUCCAAAUGAAGAACAUAAGGUUCAGAAGGCGAAUAGAAGUCAUUCUGUAAAAGGAAGUUUCAUAAGAAGAUUCGCGAAAGCCACGUCAUCAAAAGAGAAAAAAGAAGUGAAGAUUGAAGCUGUUGAGUCAAAUCCAGGAAUCGAGAGAUCGAGAAGUUUCCAUUCUCAUAUUUCGGAGGAAGGAGAUUCUCAAAGAGAGUCCCCAUCAACUGGACGUCAACUGAAUACCUCUUCCCCAUCCACGUCAUCUCAAUCCUUGGAAAGAUCCAUUUCAACACAACAACAAGAAUCAAUCACUUCGCUGGCAUUUAUUCAUUCCCAUUCUAAAAAGAAUGACUCCAAAAUGUCUCCAUGUCUGUGGGUUGGAACGUCUGCUGGAACAUCUCUUGCUUUGAAUCUAAUCCUUCCUGAGGAUAGGUUCACCUCAACAAUUGUUGUUGCUCCAUCUGGUACGGUGGUAAGAAUGAAAGGACAAGUGUUGAAUCAAUCAUUCAUGGAUAACACUUUCUGUAUUAUUACACCUGCAUCCGAAUCAUAUAAAGAGGCGGCGAAAGAGCCAUCUGCUCAGAGUCCGGAUAGAUCUUUAUUGAAUAGGGUAAACACAAAAGCCAGCCUGGCUCCUCAAUACUCGAAUUCCAUUGAUUCGAACGAUGAGAUCUCUCAAAUUCUGAUAGUAGCUGCUGAGAAUGAAGUGAAAGUUGUCGCACUGCCGACGUUCAGUCAACUAUACGUACAGAAGUUUGACGAGAUUCCAUUAGUCAAAGCAUCUCCAACACAUAUCCGUGGAUAUCCGUGUCUUAUGUGUCUAUCAGCUGCUGGACAGAUCGUAAUGCUCUCACUUCCAUCUCUUCGAAUUCUCAAUACUUCUACAAUCUUCCCGCAUUCCGUGGAAAUUGAUGACCCUCUGUGCCAAAGAACUGCAUUCUCGGAUCAUGGAUUGGGUGUCUACAUGGCAAGUCAGACAGAGAUGGAAAAGUACACAAUGUGUUCUGAAAUAGCAGAUCAAACGGCAGAGUCCCUCGGAGAAUUAUUCGUUCCGUGUGAAAUGCCAGAACAACCAAAAAAUAAUUCAUUUUUGAAGGGUGUAUCGUCGAUAUUCGGAGGAACUCCACGAAAUGAUCCAAACGAUAUUGAUGCUAUUCUAUCCGAAAAUAUGGGAGUCAAGAACAGUUCGGGCGUGAAUCCAAUGCGAAGUGUUGCUCGUACGAUUCCCGGUCCAUCAGUCCAAAUGGAUCGUGCUCAAGCAGGUGGUGUAUCUGCUGGACAGGCGGCUGCAAUGGCUCUUCAGAAUUUGAAUGAAAGAACGGAAAAGUUGAAUGCAACAGUAGAUGCUACUGAAAAUCUGAAGAACAAUGCAAUGAGUUUGUCAUCAAGAACAGGAAAACUCGUGGAGAAAUAUGAGAAAAAGAAGUGGUACAACUUCUAA